CCCCACACCAUAUGCUAGCUUCAGCUCACUAGCACCAGCACAUCCCAAGCCUCUCUCGCUCUCAACCCCGCUCAACAUGGGCUUCGAGGAUGUCAUGGCCCACGUUCAGAGCGCUACGUACAACGUCGCGCAAGGUUCCGAUCUGCUAUCCCGCCUCCUCACGCUCGAGCAUGGAAAUCAGAGCAGCAGCGCAUCCUACCCGGGUUCAGCUCGCUCCUCGCUAGCUGGCGCUAGCGCAAGCUCGACCGGCACAGGAGUGUCCAAAGCGGUGUCGUUUGCCGCGUGUAGUCAGUCUAGAGGCGCCGCAGGCGGAGUGGACAAGAUGGUGGAGGCGGCCAUCGCUGUGAGGGACGCCAGCAGAAGACAAUCCAUCAUGUCCACCUCUUCAUCCAGUCAAGACUCGUCCAAUCGCAUUGUCGCGGACAGCAGCGGUGCCAGCAUCAGCAGCAUCAGCAACAGCAACAGCAGCAGCAGCAGCAGCAGCAGCAGCUAUCCGAUCACAGGCACUCGCCUCCAGGGCUCGCUGCAAGUGCCAGGUGGACUGUUGCUAGGAGGCAUGGAGGAUCAAAAGACGCCCACCGCUCGUCCAGCAGACGCGCGAUGCGCUGGCAGCGGUGCCGCUGGACCUGUGAUGGACCACGGCAGCAUGAACGAAUUGCAGAGCUACCCGUUCACUUUUCCCGCAUUCUCACAUCAAAACGAUGGAAUGGACGUGGACAGGCGCGCUAGCUUGGACGCUGACGAUGCGCUCAAGCACCAGGCAUCUGCCGAGUCCCUCUUGAUCGAUCUGGAACAGAGGUACCUCUCAGCCAAGGGCCAGUUCGAGGCUUUAAAGGAAACGAUGGGGGUGAUUUACGCUUCUUUGACAGAAGCCGUCGCAUCUGCUAGACGCUUUGCCCGUUGUGCUUCUAGCGGCGCAGGAUCGCUGUUGUUGAAUGGCAAGCAGCGGGAGAGGAUGCAUAGCAGGUUGAAGGAACACUUGACCGUUCAGAGGAGCUAUUUCGACGAAGCUGCGGAGCUCGUGCAGUGCUGCUGCAAAGCUCGCAUAGGGACCAAACCCAUCCGUGCGGAUCUGGCAAAGCUCAGAGGAGCUUAUUCGGAGCUUUUUGAGAUUCUCGAACCUUACGACGAGACCGAGGAGCGGAUAGAAGGAUUGGCGAGCGAGAUGGAGCAAGCUUGUGAUGAGCUGCUGGCUCGCUUGCUCGCAGCGGAUCAAGGCGGUGGUACGACGGAGGAGGAAAAGGAGAAGGAGGAGGAGGAGGAGCAGGAGGAGGAGGAGGAGGAGGAGAGAGGUGUAGAUGGAAAUCAGCUGGGUCUCGUGUCGAAUUUCGUCACCUAAUGUUGAAAAAAAACAAACACUUGCGUCC